GAUGUCAGAAUAUAUUUCGUUCAAUGUGAGAAUAUUUGAGUUUCCAGAUUUGUUCGACGAGUUCUUGGCAAUCAUGUGCUUUGCGUGUCCCUGCCUGAGAUGGCUGUGCAGGUGCUCCAGCUUCAGGGCCAGCAUCCUCUGGGCCUGCUGGAACAUCGUCUUUGGACUCGUUUUAAUUGAUUUAGUCCUGGACUUUGUGCGAGAGCAGAAGCUGGCGGCCGCCAUCAAGGUAAUCGGCUGUCUGUCCGGAGCGGGCUUCACGCUGUCUGGCGCCAUGCUGCUGGCUGGCAUUCUGAAGGGAUCGCGGUGCUUGGUCUGCUCCUCCAUAAUUGUCUGCGGUCUGAGCACACUCGCCAUCCACUGGAUGAUCAUCCCGUUGGCGCUGUACAUCAUCUUCUCAAUAGCCGUUUAUACCUAUCUCAAAACCGAAAUGGAUGCGGACAGGGAACACUACGAGGACUUGGAUCCGAGGGUAUAGUUCUGCCUUCCCCCUGGGAGAAAGGUGAAAGAUAUACAAUAGCAAAUUCCACCGAGUGGAAACCACACACAAAUUGUUUGAGCAGCAGAACGCUUGAAAUUCCUUGGAAAAUACAAUUCAAAGACUCAAAAAUGAUAAUAGUUUCCUGUCUUUACAGUAGAGGUUACAGAGGCUGCCAAAAAGCCUGUGGAUUCAAGCACAAAGCUCGUCAGUGGACGUCGGAUAACGAAGAGGUGCGUGUGAGCACUCAAAGGGAAGCAAAUAAAGCAAACAAUUGAUCUAAA